AUGCAGCUUUCCACCACAAGCCUGAUUAUACUGUUAACUGGAGCAUCAUGUGUCUUACAGGCAACAUGUUCCAUCUGCCCCUACAAUACAACGCUGUGUCGCUGCCAUCAUGAUUUCAUAUCCUGCACUGGCCUGCAGUCCAUGCCACGGCUGUACACGGGCCCCGAGGUGAUGAAUGUUACCGUUAUAGAUAUUCAGACGGGGAAUAUAACGAGCAUACCUAAUGGAAGCCUACCUCCUGGUCUUGAGGCUCUUGCAAUCAGUCGCAACCCAGUUACCGAGAUAGCAGACGAUGUAUUUAUCAACUCGGCCACAACUUUGACAGAAUUAGACCUCUCAGGUUUAAAACUGCGGCAGUUACCAUACGCAUUGCUCAGGCUGACCAAUUUAUCCGCGCUGGACAUAGAGAACACACCAAUAGGGAUAUUGCAGGAAGAUGUGCUUCAGAACAUAACCAUGACUCUAACAUAUCUUAGAUUAGAAAACGUCAGUUUACUUGCCUGGCCCAGAGCAAUAUCUUACCUUCGUUUUCUGACCGGGCUCAAUUUAAACGGCAACUCCUUAAAAAUAUUCCACAGGACGCUUUCAUUUCGUCUAAUUCAUUACGAGACCUAA